AUGUCAGUUUCUCAUUCUCGAACUUCAACAAUUACUACAUCAAAUUCGAAUCCAUUUCAGAAUGUUAUGAAUCUAAUGCCGAUCAAACUUGAUGAAACAAAUUACCUGAACUGGAAGCAUCAAAUAACUCUGAUUUUGAAGACAUUAGGUCUUCUUCAACACCUUAAUAUCAAUUGUGAUCCACCGGAAUCUGAGGAAGCUAGAACUGCUUGGGACAAAUCAGAUGCAUAUGUAUCAGCUUUCAUCUUUGCAAACUUGUCUUCAUCGCUGAUUCAUUUGGCUCGAGAUUCUUCUAGAUCUGCAGAGUUAUGGCAAAAACAUGAAGAGUUGUUUACACAGCAGGUAUUCGCUAAUCAAAAUUACAUUCGAACUCAGUUUCAUUGUUUAAAACAAGAAGAUAAAUCAGUGAUUCAUUUUUGCGAUGAGACAAAAAGUUUAUUUGAUCAGUUGAUUGCUCUAGGUGAUCGAAUCACAAAGCAAAGUUUGAUAUUACAAAUCCUAAAUGGUUUACACUCAGAUUUUCGAAUGUUUGUCACAAAUAUUGAAAAUUCAGAUUCAAAACCAACAUUCUCUCAACUCAGAGCAAAAUUGCUGACCUUUGAAUCUCGUCUAAAACAAAGUCAAGUCUCACACUCUGUUCCAAUAGCUGCCAUGGCAGCCAUGACUGUACGACCACCUCCACCACACACUGAUUCCUCUUCUCAAAUGACUAUUGUAUGUCAAAUUUGUGACAAACCUGGACACCGUGCUAGUAAUCGUUAUCACCGGUUCAAUUCUGGUGGACGUUGGAGGCCACGUGGUGGUCGUAGUGGUGGUAGAUACGGAAAUCAACGAGGAGGCUUUAAUCAAUCAUCAAAUCGGUGGUCUGCUGAUGGAAUUAGAGGUUAUAGCGCACAUGUCGCAGAUUGUUAUGGAUCGAAUUUUGGAUUUAGGGUUCCUUAUUUUGGGGGAAGUAUACCAGGUCAAGUUGAGGGAAGACCUGAUUCACGAUUACUUGGAGACACUGGUUCUAAUGUUUCUGGGCUUUCACCGAGUUAUAAUAUCCCUAGUGGUUUACCGGGUGUUCUUGGGCCUGUCCCUACUGUUACUGAUGUACAUAGCCCAAAUAAUAAUAAUAAUAGUGGUAUUGGAUCAGCUUUUGGCCCAAAUCACUUUGCGAACUGGGCUCAUUCUGUUACUGGAUUAGUUAGUGGGCCUUCUGGUGUUUCAAGUUCUGGCCCAGUGAAUUCUGGUGUUACUGGUCAGUUUGGGUUUGUAGCCGACUUGUCAUCCGCAUGCGAUUUGGUUGACUCGUGGAUUCCAGAUUCAGGAGCUUCCGCACAUAUGACUGGUGAGCUAUCACUUGUUUUUUAUUCGGGUCCUUAUACCGGUACUGAUCAGGUUGUUAUUGGUGACGGUACAUCUCUUGCUAUAUCUCAUAUUGGUUUUGCUCAUUUGCGCUUAUCUAGUAGUACCAUCACACUUAGACAUGUCUUAGUAGUUCCUGGCCUAGCCAAGAACUUACUAUCUAUUACUCAGCUUGUGAUUGAUCAUCCACUUACUAUUACUUUUUCUCAUGUUGGUUUGAUUAUUCAGAGCCUCACGGGACAGCUCCUCCACCACACGCGUGGUAGUCCUUAUCAGCUGUAUUUAUUGACUACUAUUGCAGCUGUUUCUCGAGAGACGUAG